AUGGCCAAUUUCCGCCCGAGCAACAUUCUCGGCGACCCGUUCGCGCUCGCGACUCUGUCCAUCUCCAUCCUCGCAUGGCUGAUCGCUUUUAUCUCCUCCAUCAUUGCGGACCUCCAGACGGACUAUCCUAACUACUCCUGGUGGGCGGCCUGCUACAUGUUCUGCCUGAUCGUCGGCUUGAUUGUGACUUUCGGUACCGACACCUGCAAUGUGUAUGGCGUCGCGAUUGUGGGAUACCUUGCCUGUGGCCUGGUUUUGACUUCGCUCAGCGCAAACAAUACGGUCUACGGUAACCAGGGAGCCAUGCAGGCUGCAGGUGCUGGCUUCAUACUGCUCUCGAUGGUGAUUAUUGUUUGGAUCUUCUACUUCGGCUCGACCCCCCAGGCCUCGCACCGCGGAUUCAUCGACUCGUUUGCCCUGAACAAGGAGCAACCCGGCUCUUACCGUGGCAGCCGCCCCAUGUCCAGCGCAUUCGGUGCCCGCCCGGAGACCAUGGCCACCAGCACCACCCCCCAGAUGUACACCUCCGCCCAACUGAACGGCUUCGAAACGUCGUCCCCCGUGUCUGGCUACCCUGGCGGUGCUCCUGGCGCCGAGCGUAACUCGCGCCAGCCCGGCCCCCGCCCCCCGGGCGCCGCUCCUCAGGAAGGCACCGAGGUGCCCCCGCCGACCGAGUACCCCUACCGGGCGAAGGCCAUCUACUCGUACGACGCGAACCCCGAAGAUGCCAACGAAAUCAGCUUCAGCAAGCACGAGAUCCUCGAAGUAUCCGAUGUAAGCGGCCGAUGGUGGCAGGCUCGGAAAUCGAGCGGAGAGACCGGCAUCGCACCCUCCAACUACCUGAUCCUGUUGUGA